UCCACUAAAGGCUUUUCCCAGACUAGCACAAAGACUACCACAAUCAGCCAUCCUGAAUCAUCUGGACAAAAUAUGAAAUUCUUUGGCUUAGAUGUUUCUUUCUUCAUUCUUUCCACCCUCACUGCUCUUUGGAAUGCAGGAGCUGAAGACUCUUGUGCACAGAGAUGUGGGGAGCUGCUUGGUACCUGUUCUUGCCAGGUGACAUGCCAGUCCUUGGGGACAUGCUGUCCUGAUUAUAAAGAAUUUUGUCUUCAAAUUUCUCCAUACUCAGGAUCUCUUAUGGGAGGCAAAGACUUUUUGAUUAACAACACAGCAUUUGAUCCCUCUUCUAAGCUAAAAUGCAGGUUCAAGAAGGAAAUCACAACCAGUGGCUAUAUUGACAAGGAUGGAAAAGCCCACUGCAUCUCCCCAUUGCUUUAUGAGACUGGUUUCAUCCCUUUUGAAGUUUCUACAGAUGCUGGGUCAACGUUUCCCUACUCUGGAACUUGGUUAUCAGUACAUCACAGCAAAGUUUCAGAUGGAGAAAAAUGCACUUUGGUAAAUGAGACAAAAUGGCAAUACUAUGGCACCUCCAACACUGGUGGAAACUUAACUCUUACAUGGACACACCAGACACUUGAAACAACUCAUGUCAACAUAGAAGUCUGGGGAUACCAGGAAACAGGUGACAGUUAUUCAGAAAACUGGAGGGCUGAAUGGAAAUACCUUUAUACUUUGGCAAGAGAAACCCCCAAUACAGGGAAAUAUUCUUUCCUUCCUGUACCUGCUGAGGGAAAUUACAGUGCGUGGGACUAUGGAAUUUUGAGAAUUAUACCCAGCAACUAUUUUGAUGGGCAGAGCAAUAUUCCAUCAAUCUGGAGCCCAGACCAUGCAUUGGCUUGGCACCUUGAGAAAGACUUCAGAAAUGACCCAAAUGCAUGGGCAACUGCAAAAUGUAUGGAAUGGGACAGAAAGGAAGAGUUGCUUCCAAACUUCAAGGAAGAAAUUAUAGACUGCCCUUGCACCUUGGCACAGGCAAGAGCUGACACUGGCAGGUUCCAUACAGAUUAUGGCUGUGACAUUGAAAAGGGGAGUGUGUGUACUUAUCAUCCUGGUGCUGUGCAUUGUGUAAGAGCCAUUCAAGCCAGUCCCCAGUAUGGGGCUGGACAGCAGUGCUGCUAUGACUCCACGGGAACCCAAAUCCUCACAUACGACUCCACCGGAGGCAGCACACCUGAUCGAGGACACGACUGGGGCUCACCGCCUUUCUUGAAGCCUCCCCGGAUACCUGGCUUUUCCCACUGGCUUUAUGAUGUUAUCAGCUUCUAUUAUUGCUGCCUGUGGUCUGAGAAUUGCGACUUCUAUAUGAAAAGGCGGCCCUCUAGUGACUGCAGGACGUACCGCCCUCCCCGAGCUGCAUCUGCUUUUGGGGAUCCCCAUUUCUUUACAUUUGAUGGUCUGAACUUCACCUUCAAUGGCCUAGGAGAAUACACAUUGGUAGAGUCUGAUCUCACAUCCCUGAGAGUGCAAGGGAGGACACAGCAGGCACACUUUCCCAAUGGAACUGGGGCUCAGGGGACAGGCCUGUCUGCAGUGGCCAUGCAGGAGAACAACUCUGAUGUGAUUGAAGUGCGCUACUCUGAGGAUUUGCACCUGGAGGUCCUCCUGAACCAGAGGGUUCUCAACUUCUCUGAACAAACUUGGAUGGACUUGAAAGGUCUCUUUCUCUAUUCUACACCUGAUCAGAACAUCACAGUGAUGUUCUCUUCUGGGUCUGGAGUGGAAAUAAGGGGAAAUGGAGGAUUUCUGACCCUGACAAUUCUGCUCCCAGAGAAGUUUAUGAAUCACACAUGGGGUCUCUUUGGAGUAAUGAAUGACAAUCCACAGGAUGACUACACCUUCAAGAACAAAACCACCAUGUCAUUUCAUGCAAGUCCCCAGCAGGUGUUUGAGUUUGGAGCUAGCUGGGCAAUUGAAAAUGGAACUUCUCUCUUUACUUACGACUCGGAGUUCUUACUGGACAGCUUCUUUUAUGGGGACAAGCACAAUGCCUCCUUCCUGCCCGUGUUCUCCCCUCAUGAGGACCCUGCUGAUCCCCUGCUAGAAGAGAUAGUCUCACGCUGUGGCUCUGACCCAUUCUGCAGAUUUGAUGCCCUGACAACAAGAAACCUUCAAGUGGGAAGUUCCACAAGGCUUUCCCAUCAGAAUCACAAGCUGCUGGUAGAACAUCUAGAGCCAGUGAUCUCUUGUGGCUGGCUGGAUCAACCUACCAAUGGAAGAAAGAAUAGUACCAACUACCUGCUGGGCUCAACCAUCAAUUUCACCUGCAGUGAGGGCUAUGAACUCACAGGAGGGUCACAGGAGAGAACCUGCCAAGUGUCAGGAAUCUGGUCAGGGGACACACCCCAGUGCAGCCAAGAAACAGCUAUCAAACAAGUAAUUGUUAUUGGCACUGUAUUUGGAUUAGUGGGCCUUGCAGUCCUGGGACGUCUGGGUUAUUUAUGCACAAAGAAGAGUGUUCACAAGUAAUAGAAUGCCAGCUAAAAUGGAAUCGAAAUUGAGUGAACGGAAACAAAAUGAGGUUCCAGCCCUUGGAAAGAAGACUCUAUGUGUGAGGAAGAACUAAAUACUUCUGAACCUGUCA